UCACGCCAAAUAAAACCAUACUCUGGAACCAUGUACUCUGGAAAUGAAUGUUUUUUUUAUGUCAGUAAUUUAUUAUGCAUGGGUGGAUGAGUUUACAAUCUUAUUCCUUUAGCUACAUCAAACGUUUAUACAUUGAACAAAUAUAUUAGCUAAACUAUUGCGUUUAGAAGACAAGGAUAGCCUGUAAAGAAAUAUGUCAUAAAGAAGGAUGUUUUCAACUGGAUGUACUGAGCAACAUUGUCCAAACUGGUCCAAUGGGCCAGUGGGAGCACCACACAUGUCGCCACAGCAGUUCCCAUUAUCGCCAGGAUGCAACUGCUUCUUGUCAUCUGGAUACAACGGUGGCCUCUUCAUCCCUCCAGGAUAUGAUGGCAACCCACCAGCAUUCCACAUGUCAUGUCCCCCAAGGUGGCCCUGUGCGCUGGGUGGCUCUCCCUGCCCCAUGGAGCAAUUCUACAUGGAGCCCUUCUUUGGGCCAGGCUGUACGUGCUUCUUCCCUCAUGAAUGCAACAGCAACAUCUUCAUCCCUCCUGGGUACAACAGCAGUCCAACGCCAUUCCACAUGCAGCACCACUGGAAUCACUUUUCUACAGACCAGUACAACCUGGCACCUAGCAGUAUACUUGACCACAGUCCUGCUGAUCUUGAAACCAACACAACUGAAGAUAGUCUCAGCAAUAACAACAUAGAGACAGAGAAGUGUGAACCCGGGCUUGCCCCUGCACACUGCCAGGUCAUGCCCACCUCAAGGGAGAAGCAGCUGGACAACAUUGUGGAAAAUAUGCAUGUUGAUAAUAUGACGAAACCAGACCUUGUUCCUGGAAAAUUUCCAGAGAAGUCCAGCGAGACACCAGUGUCCUCCAAGGAGUCCAUUCAGCAACAUAAUGGAGAACUCAUAAUCUGGGAGACAGAAAUGCCACAGCAUCUGACUGAGGCAUUUAUUGGUGAAGAAGGGCACUAUUUGAAGUUUGUGAGGCAGAGUUGUGGUGGACUAGUCUACAUGUCCACACAUCCUCGUACCCAGGACUAUAUGGUCUGUAACAUAAUGGGUACAAAGCACCAAGUGUAUAAGGCACUGGACUUGAUCAGAAAAAAGAUAAAAUGUCAGGGCCUGAAAAACAUCUACUCCCCACCUACUGUGACCUUUGGGGGAUAUAUGAAUGAGGCUGAAACCCCCAAGAAAGAUCAGAAUGGACAUAGUAUCACAGGCGAAGCCUGUGUGAGUCAUGAGGGCCCUGAGAGUCACAAAGCUGUCCUACGCAGUGCCUGAGAGCUAGGAGAUCUUCCAUCAGGGGUCACAAGAAGCUUCUCAGGGUUGUGAUGUGAAAGACAUUGUACUCUGUUCACUGCAUUGUAUUGAUGUCUAGUUGCCCUGUACAUACAAUUUAAUAUCCAUUAUUUUUUAAU